UGGCACGUUGGUAGAAUUAAACUCGAAUAUGCUUUCAUUAUACCAACUGCUCUUCCUCUAGGCGGUUGGUUUUUAAUUGAGUUUGUUUUUCAUAAGUUUCCGAAUUUGGGUUGUCCUUGAGAGGUAAAAGUGUUUGUUUUGAACUGGGUUAUUAUUUUUUUUUGUAUUUCAACUGCUUGUGAAUUUCGAGAAGGUUUGUUAAUUUUUGUCCUCACUAUGGCAUAAUUUUUGUCUCCAUAUUCUUUUGAGCUGUGAUCAACUGGAUUCGCUGAUUAAGCCCUGAUUUUGAGGUUUUCGUUGAUCUGGGUGAUAUACGAAUUGAAGUUAGUGGGAAAUUAUAAAGCGUCGUCACUCAGGUUGUUCAAUUUAAAUUGUAUUUGAGUAAUUAAUUAUUGAGAUUGUUUUAGAAGGCGUAGUUGGGAGGAUGUAUACGGUGGGAAGAAUUGGGAGCUAUAUCUCGAGGGGCGUGUACACGGUGUCUGGGCCUUUUCAUCCAUUUGGUGGAGCUGUGGAUAUAAUAGUGGUGGAACAACCAGAUGGGAGCUUCAAAUCAUCGCCUUGGUAUGUCAAGUUCGGAAAAUUUCAGGGGGUUUUGAAGACAAAAGAGAAGGUGGUUAGUAUUAGUGUUAAUGAAGUUGAGGCUGAUUUCCACAUGUAUCUUGAUCAUAAGGGGGAAGCUUACUUUCUCAAGGAGGUAGAUUUUGAAGAAGGUGAAUCCGUACUAUAUCCUUCGUCUUCAAGUGAUGAGAUGGAUGGGCAAUCUAAUAGUAAAAGGAGGUCUAUGAAGUCCAAAAGUUGUAAUUAUGAUGCUGAUAAGCUUAAUUUAGCUGGCCAGAUUGAUGCUAGUAAUAAGAAUGCUGUGGCUAGGUCUGGUUCUGGCCGGGCAAGGUGGUUUGUUUUUGGACGGAGGCCAAUGAAGGAUAAUGAUUUUAAGGAGGGAGAAGGUGAUGCUAGCGUGUCAAGGAUAAAUUCAUUGGAACGUGCUGAGAUUGCAGCUGAUCUAUUGGAGGUGAAAUGGUCUACCAAUUUGGCCUCUGGUAAGUCCAGGCAAGAUAAUGCUUCCCGGUUUUCUGCUGCUGAUGUUUUGGAUGAUAAUGUGGUUGAACAUAUUGAGGUAAAAGCCAGUGAAAUCCAGGUGGAAUCAUCUGUGGGUGAUGAUUGGAAGAAUAGGACUGAUGAUUCUGUACCAGAUAGGGAUACUGUUUCCUUAUUUGAGCAAAUGGAUGGCUGUCCUAUCUCUAGCUCUGAGAACCUGGAGACUUCUACUGUAGAAGGUGGCAUGGAAGUAUCAUCUAUAGGCACCAUGGAACCAGUUGCUGAAACUCCCUUAUUGGGUGAAAGUUCUGUGGAAGCAAAUUGUGUCAUAGUAACUGAAAUAUCAAGAACAGCUGGCGAUUUUGCUGUAGGUAAUGCUGAGCAGGCUCACCCUGAUUUACUAAGUGAAUAUGAGCUUGAAGAAUGCCAUUCAAAGCUGUCUGUUAAAGAACAGGCUUGUGAUGAAGAGGAUCCUAUAAAUCCAGGUUGCAGAGUUUCUGAGGAGAGUGGAUCAGACCACGUUCAAUCCUUUGUAUACUGUGAAACAUCACAGAGCUCAAUAAUUGGGUUGGAAAAUUCAAAUAAUCAGGCUCAAGAAACAUUGUGCCUUACCAGUGGGGGAUGUGGGGAAGUCCAUGUUCAUGAAGAGACUGUACAUGUGACAAUUGAGCUACCAUCAAAGGAUACUGCUGUCAAUCUAGCAAAGCAUAUUGAUCUGGAGAAAGAAUUGGCACAGGUCUCUGAUAUGGACAUUGGGAACCCAAUAACAUUGGCAGAAUCUAAUCCUGACAUGGUUUGUCUUGACCCACCACUUUGUUCAACCAUAGAAGUGGACUCGCAGAAUAUCUGCUUUGCUCUAAAUGUCAGUUCUGAGGUCCAGGAUGGGUUAAAUAUUACCGAUGAUGUCAAGCAGUCUUUCGGUAUUGGUGAUUCUGAGAGAAAUUAUGGUGACAUUGUCAUGGAUAAAUCAGGAAGUGAUUCACUGGUGGAGAGUUCAGAGGAAGAACAAUUUCCUUUCAGAUUCAAGUUCUUCAACUUGUUUGAGAAAGAUAAUCAUCUAGCCUAUUGUGGUGAAGGCAUCAAAGCAGUCAAUGGGUUAGUUGAUGCAAAUGAUGAGUCUUGUUCUUCUUCAGAUAUGUUUGAUCAAUACAACCCAUUGACUGAUCUUGAAAACUCAAUGGAGAAAUCAAGAGUAAUUUCAGGUCCAGUUAGUGUUCCUGGAAGUCAUAAGGCUGUUGAAGAAGUUGGGCGACUGGCAGAAUCAUUGCCUAAUAUUUGGUCUCCUACUAUUGCCGUAACUGCUGAUGAUUGUGAUUUUCCAGUUAGCCAUUCUUUAGACUCAAAUUCCCGACCCUUGAACUGGACAUUGCUCAAGGAAAAUGAUUCUAGCUGCAUAAAGUCAGAUGCUGACAAGGAACAACAAAUGGCACAGGAACAGCCUAAUAUUGACAAUAAUCAAGAGCUCAAAAGUGCUCUUUCCAGCACUACAGUUGAGAUAUCUCUUUGCAAACAUUUGUUAUGGGAAGGAAUGGGUGCUAAUGCUGCUUCUCAGGCAUUUGAUGCUGAAAAACUGGAUAUAGAGAAAUUUACAUCUCUAGGUCCUGCUAUUUUGAAGGAUGAUAGGCUUAUUGUCAGAAUUGGUGGCCAUUACUUCCCAUGGGAUGUGGCUGCUCCCUUUGUCCUGGGGAUGGUUGCAUUUGGAAUUAAAGAAAUGUCUGAGCCAAAAGGCAUGAUACCAGUUGACCAAGUUGAGAAAUUCCUUGUAGGGGAUCCUUCAAAAACCAUUGUUUCCCCUAGUGGAAGCUGGAGGAUCUGGCCUUUUACUCUUGGAAGAUCAAAAUCCAGGAGGGCUACACGACCAGCUCAAAGUGAUACUAAAAGUUCCGAUGCUGAGGUCUCUUCAGUGAGCAUUGAUGGCAUGAAUGAAGCUAAUAAUGUUAGUAAACCCAAGAUGGCAAAGAAGAUGGUUAGGGCAAUCACUCCUACUUCUGAGCAGCUGGCAUCUCUGAAUCUGAAGGAAGGGAGGAACUCUGUUACUUUUACAUUCUCCACUGCAAUGCUAGGGAAGCAACAGGUUGAUGCUAGAAUUUAUUUGUGGAAGUGGAACACUCGUAUAGUAAUCUCAGAUGUGGAUGGAACAAUUACAAAAUCAGAUGUUCUAGGUCAGUUCAUGCCUAUGGUUGGGAUGGAUUGGUCACAAACAGGUGUUGCACAUUUAUUUUCAGCUAUUAAGGAAAAUGGGUAUCAACUGCUUUUUCUUAGUGCGCGUGCAAUCUCCCAAGCUUAUCAUACUAGACGAUUCUUAUUCAAUCUGAAGCAGGAUGGUAAGGCUUUACCUGAUGGGCCUGUUGUUAUUUCACCUGAUGGAGUUUUUCCAUCUCUCUAUCGAGAAGUUAUUAGACGAGCUCCUCACGAAUUCAAGAUUGCAUGCUUAGAGGAUAUCAGGGCAUUGUUUCCUUCUGAUUGCAAUCCAUUCUAUGCUGGUUUUGGAAACAGAGACACUGAUGAAAUCAGCUACCUCAAGGUUGGAAUCCCUAAAGGAAAAAUCUUUAUUAUUAACCCCAAGGGUGAGGUUGCUGUUAGCCGACGUGUUGACACAAAAUCAUAUAGUUCGCUUCAUGCUCUUGUUCAUGGCAUGUUUCCUUCUACAACCUCAUCUGAGCAGGAGGAUUUUAAUUCAUGGAAUUUCUGGAGACUACCUCCUCCUGAUAUUGAUGUUUGAAUUUGUCACUAGUAAGAUGUGGCUCAAUUCCGGAAACCAAGAUGUAUGGUUGUUGCACAUGCUGGUUCUGGAACUUUUCCGGGCUGAUUGUCGCCAAGACGAUGUCAAGAGUUCCACGGCAUAUGUCAGCCCUUGUGCACCAGUUGAUUUUUCAGUAGGCCGAAGAUGUUUAGUUAAAGUUAUAGGAGAAAAGAGUUAGAUCCAUCACAUGUAUGUCCUUAUUUCAUUAUCAAUUAAAUUUGCAAGGGGUAUGAUAUGUUCAUAUUAUCAUCUCAGCCACAGCUUUGUUGUAAGAAUCUCGGAUUUCUCAAAGAGAAAUAUAGGAAUGUUGGAAAAACAUAAAAGUAGAGAGCAAUGUUAGUGCUGAAUCAUUUCUUUUCAGACAAAUGAAACUUUCUCACA